UGAAAAUAAAUAAAUUGGCAACUUUUUAAAAUGCAGAGACAAUCUAAUAUUGAUUUCCCCUUCUCGUAUCUUUACUAAUUUAAUUAAUUUAAUUAAUUUAUUAAAAUUAAAAUAUCUUCUUUUCUAUUGGAGAGUCUACUCUUGGGAAAUCUAAACAGUCCUCUAGGAAAUGUCCAUAAAAUCCUUUCAGUCUAAUUCCAAAGAGGCAGGGAAUGAAAUGAGUUUGAUUUCGAAUCCUAAUCCUAAGCAAUCUUCUUUUUGUCUGAAAUGGCCAUGGGAUGCUUUAAACCCUAACCCUAAAAUCCCCCAAAACCCUAACCCUAAAAUCCCCCAAAACCCUAACCCCUGCAACAACUUUGAGCCUCCUUGGUUAUUCAGGUCUCUCCAAAACCUUGGAUCAUUAGCUUUUAAUUUUGCCAAUUCUCUUUCAAAUUCUUCAACUUCUCAAACUCGAAAUUCCUUGGAACCUAACAAGAAAUUGAAUUUGACAUGGAACAAGAAGAAAGGGACUCCCAAUGGUUUGGAGCAGGCAGAGGCUGAGCAGCGAGCGUUUGCUGCCGCUCUGGCAAGUGAUAAGGAGGCGACCUUGCUCGAGUUUUACUCACCCAAAUGCAGGCUCUGUAAUUCAUUGGUUAAUUUUGUUUUGGAAAUGGAAACAAGGAACACUCACUGGCUUAAUGUUGUCAUGGCUGAUGCUGAGAAUGAGAAGUGGCUACCAGAGUGCAGCUCCUUAAUUAUGAUGUUAGUUAUGUCCCCUGCUUUGUGCUUAUUGACAACAAAGGAAGGGCCCUGGCUAAGUCGGGUGUCCCAAAUAGCCGGUUACAUGUUAUAGCUGGACUAUCACAUCUUCUCAAAAUGAAGCGUCCUCAACAAAACAAAUAGAUGAUGGACAUGACAACCAACAUUUGUUUGCGGUACUGUUCUAUGAGCUUGAGUUUCACUUCUUUAUAAUAUGAUGUCUGAACUUGUUUUAAUUGGGAUGAGAUUUCUUCUGCCUUCGGUUGGAAUUUGUCCCAUAUGUAAAGUUUUCUAAGAAUUAAAAACAUGCUGUAUGAUUGUCCAUGUAAUUGUCCCUUCUUUAGAUUCAUUGCGUGAAUUUAAUUGAAUCGUAUUUUAUACAAA